CAAAUUGUCAUACAAACAUAAUUGUCCUACCUGUAUGGCAUAGCCUGAAUUAAUUCCUGUCGCAACUACGUAUCCCUUCACCGCCUGUGUCGCUUUCGUGUUACUCUGCAAUUUGGCGCUCAACGUAACCUGCGCCAGUCCGUCGAGCAAUUAACAUCCUGUUUCUGCGAGUUAUCUUCCCACUCAUUGACUAAAUGUCAGGAACAAUUAACACUGUCGGCGGGCGUGGAUUUCUGGCGAGUCUAAUUGACAAAUCCUGGGAUAUCUUGCUUGCUGGUGCAGGCGUGUCAAUGUUAUGCACUGCCCUCGACGCCGGAUCGCCACCCAUCAGGUAGUCAGGCUAAUUAUACCCCCUUUCUCAGCUCCUUAAACACCGCGUUCUAAAAACAUGAAGAUGGGUUUGCCCCUGCAUCCGUCUGGCACUGAUCAGGUUUGUUGUUGUCUUUCUCCGAUUGUUUCUUCCUUUCUUCGCCCAUACACUACCUUUUCAUUCUACCCUUUCCACUUUUUUCGAAUCAUAAUGGCAUCAACAGACCGGUGGACUUCAUUUCGCAACUUUCGCAAGUACAUAUUCUCUUUGGCCGCUAUUCUUUGUUUGGUUUGGACCAUCUUAAUCUCUGUGUACUUGGCUCGUAACUGGUCUAGCUACGAUGGUGCACAACAGGGCAUACUCAUUGCAAUGAUUGUUUUGGAUGCAAUCAGUGCUAUACUGCUGUAUCUCAUGAUUGUGGUACACUACGAUUUUUGGCCCGAUGUUGCACGCACGACAUUUCUCGUAGCUGCGCACGUAGCUACCUCCGCCGUGUUUACAGUGUUCACCGGCCGGUCGAAUUUCCCCUGCAAUGCCUUCGGUUCUACAUCCAAUUGUCAACGCAUGACCACCAGUGUGAUAGUGGGCUCUUGGAUCAUAUCGGGUUUAUUGACUGCCGUGGCACUGUGUUUGCCCUUUAUGGCCUUCAUUCCACUUCCACCACGGCCGCAGAAUGGCUCGGAUGAGCCGGAAAACCCGUCAGAUGAUCCGAUCGAUGCAUUACGCAAAUCUCAGAUGUCCUCUGGCUCACACGCUGGGCUUCUGAAACAUCAAGGAGGCCUUUCUGUUGAUGCUGCUAGUUUGCCUCCGCAUCCUGGACUCCCAAAUAUGACACGUCCGCCAAGUCUAUCAUCGUCAAGGUCAUCCUUGGUAGCCCAACGUCGACCCAUGCAAGUGGAGGCGCCGAAGAGUGAAUCUUCUGGCCACGAGCCGAAUACCCCCAGUACUGGGUCGGUAUAUUCUGCAACGUCACCCAGGUCUAGCAUGGUGCAAAACACUCCCGGUUUGAUGAUGGAGAGAAAUGGGAGCAUGGCUUCCUCUUUGCGCUAUCCUGCUGU